AUGUCGCUGGUUUUUCCUGUGUUUUCUUUGGACAUGCUGCAAGUGGUAUAUGCAGUUAGCUGCCGGGGGGCCUACCACAUGCAGCAAUGCUUCCUUGCUCUUGCAGCUUCUCAGAUGGUGCCUCUGGCCAGCUUGGGAGGGUUAAUGCUCCUGGUCUUUUGGGCAGAAGUGGUUCAUUGCUCACUGCAUGUAUUGUAUGCUGUGUUGAUGCCUGGCAAGCUCUUAUGGGCUCCUACAGUGAAUGCCUGGGCCUGGUUGUCACAGCUGCUAUGUCACUGCUUGAUGACCUGCCGCAUUGCAUUAGAACUCAUCUUGAGGGCAGUCGCAGUGGAGAGCCUGCAUCUUCAGGGGCUGCUCCGACGGCCUCGAGUGGAUCCACCAUGGAAGCCACAGCUGCGGGGGAGGCAAGAGGGCGUUCCAGAUCGAGGCGAGUGCGCUUGCGACCCAGAGCCACCCUGCAUAGAACGGGGCCUCCACGUGGACCACCACCACCGAGACCGGUCAGUGAUCCUGCCUUCCCUCGGGCUGCUUCGGAGACUAGGGGAGCUUCCCCGUCGGGAUCAGAAUGCAGCUCCUUUAAUUCGGAUGAGAUUGAAAGGAGAGAGGACGCUCGGCGACGAUGCGUGGAGCCUGAGUGGCGCGGCUCUAGAAGGGCGGCCUUGGCGAGAGACCGAACCUCGGACAGAGCGAUUGCCCCUCCUGAGGUGGCUGGCACAGAGGAGACCGGAGAAUCGGAGGACACUGCGGAGGAUCCUUUCGCGACGGACUUCAGACGAGAUGAGCAAGGACGCCGGGUGGCGAAUCCCUCCCCUACGUUGUCUCCGUUCUCUGCUCGGCCUUCGCCGUCGCCACAUGCUGCACCACCUUCACGGACCACACGAUCUGCUGAGGAUGAGGGAGAAAGUGAAGAGGAGGAAGGAGCAGCUGAUACGGAAGAUCAUGAUCCGCAUGGCCUUUUCAGUUCGGACUCCAGCCAAGAUGGCCUGGGGUUUGGCAUGCAAACUAAAGACUGAUCUGCUGGCAUUGGCUGGCCUGGAAAAUUUCAGCAUGCAGGGUUGGAUAUUCUAUGUGCAUGCCGCCUUGCUGCCUGGGCUCUCCUACUACAUGAUUGUCAUGAUCCGCCAGGUCCUCUACCUCCUCCUGCCAGUGAAUAUCCAGCUUAUCACCCAUGACGUUCGAGACUUCGGCAACAACUACUACAAGAGCAACGUUGAGCCGCGUGGGUCCCAAGUCCCACGGCUGUGGGUUGCACCCAUUGUCCAUCAGGGUGCUGGAGCCUCCGGCUUGUCCUGGGGCGAAGCAAAUGGACGUACCGCGCGUGCCUCGGUGGCGACAGAUCACAGCACCAUGUAUCGAGGUGUUCCCACCAGAAGAUCUGUUCGUGCUCGUGUUCGUGCCCUCACCAUCAAUCUUGGAGGCCUUGAUACCACAACUUUUGAUACUUUCAUGGCAUGGCUUCCCUCCUCACCAUAUGAAGUAAUCUGCUUGCAAGAAAUUCACUUUGGGCUUGGUCGUGACUCUAACAGCUGGGUUUCUGCUGGAUGGAGAUUUGUGACAACGAUUGACGCUUCCACACGUUUCCAGGGUGUGGCCAUCUUGGUCAGGGAAGUCCUCUGCAGGACAAGCGAACUGCAUUAUCAAGAAGUCGAGCCAGGAAGGCUGUUACAUGUUCGGGUCGAGCAGGAGCACCACUCCUUGGACAUCCUGGGGGUUUACCAGCAUGCGCUGCACCUCGAGGCAGGCAAAAACAAUCUGCCACAAAGACAGAAGGUGUGGGAUAAGCUGGGAGCUCUUUUGCAUAACCUAUCCAGACGUAACAUGCUGGUGCUGCUUGGAGAUUACAAUUGCACCCCAGAGUAUGUGAAUGGAGCAAUGGGUCACUCAUAUGACAAGGCAAGCAACUAUCCAGAUGCCAACGAGUUUGCUGCUCUGCUUGAGACGCAUGACCUGGUCUUGUUGAAUGGUUGGGUGCGACUGUCACAGCAGUUUACCUUCACUGGGUCCAAGCAUAAGUCCAUCAUUGACUUUAUCAUCACACGCAGGCAUCAUGCAGACGGCACCUGGCUGUUGGUGCCACUCUACCUCUUCACCCAGGCUCGGCAUGGUGGCCCUCGCAUUGCAGCUCUACGCACAGCAGUGCAGGAGUACCUCGCAGGCCAUCCUGCAGCCACCCUGGAGCAAAUCAAUGCCCAAAUGCUCUCUCAGGUCAUACGGCUCUUUCCUCGACGCUCCGAGGCGCCGGAGCCACGGGCCUGGAAUACGCCUCAAGUGAGAGGGUCUGUGACGGCGAUGUGGCAAGCCAGGGCAAGACUUCGCAAUAUCUGGAGCACGACCUACACUCGACUUCGAUUCAGCAUGGAGGCCUUCAAACGGUAUCGUGCUUUUAUGCAGGCUUACAGAUUCCUCAAGCAGCAAGGUCGACAAGCUCGCCGGACCCUCCUCACCAAUGAGCUGGCGGCUGCUGCAGAGGCUGCACAACGUAAUGAUACAGGACAGCUGCAUCGGAUCAUUCGUCGUUUGGCACCCAAGAGCAAACGAGUGCAGGUUCGUAUUCAUGGCCCGAAUGGCGAAAUGCUGCGGGACUCAGCUGAGCACGAGGCUAUCGUGUCCUACUUUGAAGACUUGUUCCAGUCCCAGACUGCCCAACUGCCCAUUAGCCCGGGGCUGGAUGCAGCUCCUCAGGUCAGCGAGAAAGAGGUCUACGACUCCCUCCGCAGUACCAAGUACGGCAAGGCCGUUCCGCCCACCUCCACGCCGUCAAGUGCUAUCAAAUGCUGUGCAGACAUUCUGGCACCGGCCAUCACGCCGGCAGUGAAUGA